CCUCCAUUUUGCACCGUUGCUUGCUGCUAGCCAGCUGCUUCCAUUUGUUGUGUAGCAUUAGCAAAUAAAGUGCAGAAAAGGGUUGUUUCAAGCUGAAGGGAUACUUUCACGGACAAAACGAUGGCUAACCCAUCAGCAGACGUGGAGGUCCCGGAGGGCGCGGAGGUCCGCAAAUUGUCGGAGCUUAGAGUUAUUGAUCUGAAGGCCGAGCUGAAGAAACGAAACCUGGACACCACAGGCGUGAAGAGUGUGCUGUCGGAACGUCUGAAAAAGGCAAUCGAGGAAGAGGGUGGCAAUCCUGAUGAGAUUAUUGUCGCCCCGGAGUUGGCCCCAAAGAAAUCUACCCCUAAACGGACUGCCAGAGAUACAAGGCAAGAGAAUGAUGAACCGGAGGACAACACUAUCGAGGAGGAUUCCCAUGACGGCCCUGAUGAGCAUGAGAGCAUGCAAGAAAUGGACAUCCUCGACAUGAAUGUUCUGGAUGAGACGGAGAAUGACAAUGGAAUACCAGCCGAGGAUUAUGAGGAUGAAGCAGAGAAUUUUCACUCUGAUGAAAACGCAAUGCUGAAUGAAGAGCAAAACGACAGGGCUUCAGAAGAUGAAGGAAGAGAUCCGGAGAUGGAUGAGUCUGAGAUGUUGGAGAGGGAUGAAUUUAUGACAUGCUCAUCAAUCAAUACGGCUCAGGAUCCAGAUGCAGACGACGUGAAAGAAGAAACAGAAAAUGACAAAGUAGCCGGGUCUUGUUUAUCUGAGCCACUUAACGAAGAGCACCACCAGAGCCACGAGACGAACCCUGAAGAAGAGCAAGGCGCCACCGCCACAGAGGAAGAAAAUGUGUCCGACACUGGUGCCAUGUCCAACAAGGCCGGCUCUGGAGAUGUGGACAACGACAGGGAUGUUGUGGAGACUGACACCAAAGAGGUUGGGGACACAGAGAAUGUCCCAGAAGAGACAAUUGACGCUGAAAACAAAAGCUCGCAGGAUGUUAGUGUAAGCGAACAGGGUGCUGUGGGUGAAACUGUUGAUUCAGAAAUUGGGUCUAAGAAGGGUGAGGAAGAUGAGAAGACAGAAGAGAACACUGCUGCGGAUUCUGCCUCCACAGCGAAAGAGUCCUCUUCUGUAGAGGGCGAUGAUCAGAACAAGAGCUCUGAGGAAAAGGAUGGCAAGACUGAGUCAAAAGACGAAAAGGCUGCUGGAAGUGGUGCUGCAGCAGGCAAUAGCAGGAACCUGUGGGUCAGCGGCCUCUCUUCCACCACCAGAGCGACUGAUCUGAAGACUCUCUUCAGCAAAUAUGGCAAGGUUGUCGGAGCUAAGGUGGUAACCAACGCCAAGAGCCCCGGGGCUCGCUGCUAUGGUUUCGUGACCAUGUCUUCCACAGAGGAGGCCACCAAGUGCAUCAGCCACCUCCACAGGACCGAGCUGCAUGGCAGGAUGAUCUCUGUGGAGAGGGCUAAAAAUGAGCCUGCAGGGAAGAAGCCAGCAGACAAAAAUGACGCCAAGAAGUCUGGCAGUGACAGGAGACACUCAUCUGACUCAAAAUCAGAUGGAAAGGAUGAGAAGUCUGAGGGAGAAGGAAAAGAUGGAAAAGGGCGAAAUGAGAGGACUGUAGUUAUGGACAAGUCCAAAGGGGAGCCUGUCAUCAGCGUCAAAACUAAAAGCAAGGAAAGAAGCUCAAAGAGUCGGGACCGCAAGUCACCCAGUAAGGAGAAGAAAGACAUCCUGUCAUUUGACCAGAUCAAAGAGCAGAGAGAGAGGGAGAGGCAGAGACAAAGAGAGAGGGAGAUCAGAGAGGUGGAGAGACGCAGAUACACUGACCGGGACCGCGACCGUGACAACCGUCCGGACCGUGAGCGCGAGCGAAUCCGUCUGUUCCGGGAGAGAGAGGAGAGGAAACACUUGAUCCGGAAGAGACACUGGCUGGAGGCUGAGAAGCAGCGCCUUGAUGCAGACCGUAUGGAGCGUCAGUUCUUGGAGCGGGAAAGGCUACGCAUAGAGUACGAGAGGCGGCGCGAGCAGGAACGGAUCCUCAGGGAGCGCGAGGAGCUGCGACGGCAGCAGGAGCAGUUGCGCUAUGAACAGGAGCGGCGCCCCGUCAAGAGGCCGUAUGACAUGGAUGGCAGGAAAGACGACUGGCCCGAUAAACGCAUGGCCAUGGAUGACCGUUAUGGCCGUUCAGACUUUGGUCGUCAGGAACGUUAUCAGGACUUCGACCACAGGGACCGGGGCCGGUACCAAGACGACAUGAUGAUAGACAGGCGUGACAACACUCGUGGUAUCGGUGCAGACAGAGAUGGUCAGCACUUUUCAGACAGACAGGACAGACACAGCAGAGACGGCCGAGACUCCUGGAGCGGAGGCUAUGACAAACGCAUUAAUCCCAGGGAAGGGAAUCGAGACUGGGACUCCAGCCGGAAGAUGGACGGAGACAGAAAUUGGCAAAGUAGAGACGGUGCAAUCCCAGGCCAGAGCCAUAUGGCACGUGGUGGAAUGGCAGGCGGCCGUGGAGGCUACAUGAACACAGGGACGUCUCAGUCCCUCUCUGGAGCUCUGAACAGACAGAACCAGCUGAUGCAGGGCAGCGGGCUGCAGGGUGGAGCUUUUGGUCGGCGCUACUGACAUCUGUCUGUCUGAAGACAAUUGUGGGACCGUUUCAGGACGUCAUAUCAUGAAGGAUGUGACCAUCUUGGUUUUGUACAUGUUUUUAGAUCAGGAAUUCUUUUUUGACACAAUUUCAAACCAUUUUUGAUGUAGAUCUUUAUUUUUCUGUUUGGUUCCCAGUUUUUCCCCCCCGCUGUGUGUGUGAUGGUAGUGAUCUCCUGCCUCCUACCUUGUUUGUAUAACACAACUGUCUGCUGGCAAGAAUAUGUUGGCCCGUGGUGGAGAUUCACAUCAGAGCUCUGUGUUGUAAAUCCAAAUGUUUUAUAGCCACCUGGGCUGAUGGACCUAACCUCACCAGUCUAUCUCUCUGUAUGUAGUUUUCCAUUGUCAUUCAAUGAGCCUUCGAUCAUGAGGCUCCUAGUUGACAUUAUUCUUUUUAUAAGACAGAUGGUUGGUGAAGUUAUGCUGCUGAAGAAAAGGUUUUUAAACUACAUGUCGCACACCACACUAUACAUGUUGGCCUUUUUAAACUAAUAUUUCAGUCUGUGCUUUUUUGUUGUUUUUUUAUAAAGUAUUUGAUUUGUGUGAUUGUGGGAUAAUGCUUAAAGAAGCCCCAAGAGUGUGUAUGUGUUCAUGAUAAAAAUCUAAAAUUUAAUGUAAAUGUGAUGUUUCAGCAUUGUUUUAUGUAAAUCAAAUUUGUUUUUUUGCAUGAAAGUGUCCUAUUUUGUUUUCCUGUCCAUGUGUUGACAGUGUUGUUUAGUUGCCAUGCUCGGUUCAGUGGCAGAGAAUAUCAGCUGUCAAGUGGAGCUCAGUUGUGUAAAAUUCACAGGGUGAAAUUUCCUCCAAUAAAAUAUUUUUCAUCUU